GUAACUGACGCCCGGACCCCGCAGCGGCCGCGACGCACCCUGAGAGACCUGGCUGGUUGUGAGGGCCCCGCAGGCGCGUGGCCGCUCCAGGGGAGCCUGAGGCCCGGGCCCCGCACGUAGGGCCUACCCCGGCUGCGCCGUGAGCGGGCGAGGCCUCCCAGAUGCGGGUUGCGACUCUACAGAGCCGAGCCGAGGCUGGGCCCGGGCCGCGGACGGGAUAGGAGGCCGGCGGGCCCGCUCGCCCUGCGGGUGGAUGCGGCGGCGGCGGCGGCGAUGGACGCCCUAGAGGAAGAGAGCUUCGCGCUGUCCUUCUCUUCCGCCUCUGAUGCAGAAUUUGAUGCUGUAGUUGGAUAUUUAGAGGACAUUAUCAUGGAUGAUGAGUUCCAGUUAUUACAGAGAAAUUUCAUGGACAAGUACUAUCAGGAGUUUGAAGACACAGAAGAGAAUAAACUCACCUACACACCUAUUUUUAAUGAAUACAUUUCUCUGGUAGAAAAGUAUAUUGAAGAACAGCUGCUGGAGCGGAUUCCUGGAUUUAACAUGGCGGCUUUCACCACGACUUUACAGCACCAUAAAGAUGAAGUGGCUGGUGACAUAUUUGACAUGCUGCUCACAUUUACAGAUUUUCUGGCUUUUAAAGAAAUGUUUCUGGACUACAGAGCAGAAAAAGAAGGCCGGGGACUGGACUUAAGCAGUGGUUUAGUGGUGACUUCAUUGUGCAAAUCCUCUUCUGUGCCAGCUUCCCAGAAUGACCUGCGACCCUAGGUCCCACCACCAAGCAAUGGGAUCUUUCUGGAUGUUGCCAGCCCAGUAGACUGGAAGAGGCUCUGGCUAAAUGUGACAGAAUACAUGUUAGAAAGACU